GAUGAUAUUAUUGAUGAAGCUUUAGAUCUCUUUCGCGCAAAUUGUUUAUUUCGUAAUUUCGAAAUCAAAGGCGAUGCAGACCGAGUUCUAAUUUAUCUUAUUUUGUUCAUUUCUGAUUGUUUGAACAAACUCGUUAAGAAUCCUUCGUCUAAAGAAGCGAUAAAGAUCUUAAACACUCGUGCAACAGAUCAUUUUGCGCUACCUGGAGAUCCAACGUUUCCAUUGAAUGCGUUGUAUUCAUCUCCAGCUAAUAGAAAUGAUGCAG